CUGCGAGCCGAGCGGCGCGGAGGGCGCGACCGGCGGGCCGGGGCGCGGGGCUGUGCGCUGUCUUUUGGGCUCCGUUCCGCGAGCCGGGGCGCGGGCGACACCGCGGACCCCUCGGGCGGGCCCCGGGCUCGCGGCGUAGGGAGUCGGGGGCCGCCCGCCGGGGAGCCGGGACCAUGGCGCUGCGCGCCCGGGCGCUGUACGACUUUAGGUCGGAGAACCCGGGCGAGAUCUCGCUGCGGGAGCACGAGGUGCUGAGCCUGUGCAGCGAACAGGACAUCGAGGGCUGGCUCGAGGGGGUCAACAGCCGUGGCGACCGUGGCCUCUUCCCGGCCUCGUACGUGCAGGUGAUUCGCGCCCCCGAGUCCGGCCCGGCGGGCGACUGCGGCCCGGGAGCCCCGGCUCGCUACGCCAACGUCCCGCCUGGCGGCUUCGAGCCCCUGCCCGCCGCGCCGCCCGCCUCCUUCAAGCCGCCGCCCGAUGCCUUCCAGCCCUUGCUGCAACCGCAGCAGGCGCCUCCGCCGAGCACCUUCCAGCCGCCGGCCGCGGGCUUCCCAUACGGCGGGGGCGCCCUGCAGCCGUCGCCUCAGCAGCUCUACGGCGGCGGCUACCAGGCCAGCCAGGGCAGCGACGAUGACUGGGACGACGAGUGGGACGACAGCUCCACGGUGGCCGAUGAGCCGGGCGCGCUGGGCAGCGGCGCGUACCCGGACCUCGACGGCUCCUCGUCCGCGGGCGGCGCGGCCGGCCGCUACCGUCUGUCCACGCGCUCCGACCUGUCGCUGGGCUCCCGCGGCGGCUCGGCGCCCGCGCAGCACCACCCGUCGGGGGCCAAGAGCUCGGCCACCGUAAGCCGCAACCUCAACCGCUUCUCCACCUUCGUCAAGUCGGGCGGCGAGGCCUUCGUGCUGGGUGAAGCGUCUGGCUUCGUGAAGGAUGGGGACAAGUUGUGCGUGGUGCUGGGGCCCUACGGCCCCGAAUGGCAGGAGAACCCUUACCCCUUCCAGUGCACCAUCGACGAUCCCACCAAACAGACCAAGUUCAAGGGCAUGAAGAGCUACAUCUCCUACAAGCUGGUCCCCACGCACACGCAGGUGCCGGUACACCGGCGCUACAAGCACUUCGACUGGCUGUACGCGCGCCUGGCCGAGAAGUUCCCCGUCAUCUCGGUGCCCCACCUGCCCGAGAAACAGGCCACUGGCCGCUUCGAGGAGGACUUCAUCUCCAAACGCAGGAAGGGCCUGAUCUGGUGGAUGAACCACAUGGCCAGCCACCCGGUGCUGGCGCAGUGCGACGUCUUCCAGCACUUCCUGACCUGCCCCAGCAGCACGGACGAGAAGGCCUGGAAACAGGGCAAGCGGAAGGCCGAGAAAGAUGAGAUGGUGGGCGCCAACUUCUUCCUGACCCUGAGCACGCCCCCCGCCGCCGCCCUCGACCUGCAGGAGGUGGAGAGCAAGAUCGACGGCUUCAAGUGCUUCACCAAGAAGAUGGACGACAGCGCGCUGCAGCUCAACCACACGGCCAACGAGUUCGCGCGCAAGCAGGUGACGGGCUUCAAGAAGGAGUAUCAGAAGGUGGGCCAGUCCUUCCGCGGCCUCAGCCAGGCCUUUGAGCUGGACCAGCAGGCCUUCUCGGCCGGCCUGAACCAGGCCAUCGCCUUCACCGGAGAUGCCUACGACGCCAUCGGCGAGCUCUUUGCCGAGCAGCCCAGGCAGGACCUGGACCCCGUCAUGGACCUGUUAGCGCUGUAUCAGGGGCACCUGGCCAACUUCCCCGACAUCAUUCACGUUCAGAAAGGAGCUCUUACCAAAGUAAAGGAGAGUAGGCGACACGUGGAAGAAGGGAAGAUGGAGCUGCAAAAGGCUGAUGGCAUUCAAGAUCGCUGUAACACUAUUUCUUUUGCCACUUUGGCUGAAAUUCACCACUUCCAUCAAAUUCGAGUAAGAGACUUUAAAUCACAGAUGCAGCAUUUCUUACAACAGCAAAUAAUAUUUUUCCAAAAAGUGACACAGAAGUUGGAAGAAGCUCUUCAUAAAUAUGAUAGUGUUUAAUGACUGGUCAUUGGGUUGUGGACUUUUUUCAGUUCAAGGAUAUUUCUACAGCAGAAUAAAAACUGCUAUCAAAGAGCUAUUGCCAACUAUCAGUGGUGGUACAAGGAUGGUUUUGUGUUCAACUGAAGCUCGGCUGAAUAUAUAAUUAUGUAGGAAAGAAACAGUUAAUAUGGUUAUAUAAUAGAAACAGUACCACACAUUGUAACUAAAUUAUAUUAUGUAUGCCUACACUACCAUUGUAACUUUUGGAAUAAUGAUUAUACUAUUUGCCUUAUUGCUUUUUGAAGUAUGGGUAUUUUAGUGCAUACUUUGUAGACCUCAAAACCCAUGAAGGGUCUCAAAGAAGCUGGCUGGAUAAAAGCCUGCUGUGGAUGCCUUUUUACUCUCAUAGAUUGGGAUUACCUAAAUUCAACCUGUUCUCUGUUUACAAACUCCAACUAGAGCAGCUAUGCGACUUUGUGCCUUUAAACUCUUGGUUUUUCAUUUCUCCACCUCCCUCCCUUUUUUUUAAGUAACCACAACUUUUCUGAUCGAAAGAGUGAAAGGCUAGUGCAUAUAAUGACAAACCUGUUGGUAACCUCAUAUUGGCGCUGGGGGCAGGCUGGGCGGAUCAGCUGUCAUCAGUUUUCACGGCAAGUUUUGUCCCCUGAUACACGCUGGUGAGCGCAGCGGAGGGAGGCCUGAUGCUCAUCUUUGAACAUGAAGUCUAUUAGGGAAGAAAAUGGUGCCACUCUAUUCCCUUAGAUGCUGUAGUAACAUAGCCUCUUCAAUCAAGUGUCCUGGAGACUUGGCGUGGAGGUUGAAACGAGCAUGUCUUAUAACACAGAGAAGGAGGAGUCUAAUCGGUUGGGGACACAAGCACAGAAUCAGUGAUGACACACACUUGGUUUUAAUUCUUAGGAGGGCUUUCUUUCUUUUUUUUUUUAGCUUGAAGAUUUUAAUAUUCAGUUUUUUCUUUUUUAAUGGAUCUACACUGUUAACUGAUUGAGACUCCACUGUGAUUCACUCGUUUACUUAAUCAAAAACUUUUCAGGGAUGUCUGUAAAAUUCAGUGUUAUACGUGAUUGAAAGUAGUGUUGGUUGAUCUAAAGAGGGACCAGAAAUAAUUUCUACUAUUCCAAAUGCUGAAGGAGAAAAAAAUAAUUGUUUUUUUUUUUAAAUAUUGAUAAGCCCCCAGGACAUUUAACUUUAAAAGUUAUUUUAAAUAUAUUCUUUUAUUAUUAUAAGGGAAAUAUGAAUGGCUGAUAAAUACCAAAAAGAUUCAAAAGCAGCUUAAUUUAAAAAGCACAAAGAGAUUCUGGCUUCAGAUGCCAAAAUCUCAAUGUUUUUAUAGUUGCUGAGCUAUAAAUAAUGUGAUUCUUGAGUUUACAGAUUUAAAAAUUGUCACUGAAAGGUUAAAGUAUCUACUGUUUUUAUGAAGUCAGACUUAUGCUGCCUCAGAAGUCCCUGGAUAUUGAAAUGGUAACACGGAAGUAAAGAGGUCAAUUUGAAAUAUUGGUGAGUCACAUUGAUUAAAAAAGAAAGGGUCAAUUUGCAGACAGUCAAAAAAGAAACGGUUAUUGAAAUAAUUACUCAAUAACACAUUUACUCUAAAAAAUCAUCUCAUAUGGGUUGGAUUUUUAUCAGACUAUCGUAAUUUUGAUCAAAAUUUUAUACCUUAGGUAACCUAGAGCCAGAUUUAACAUCAUGUGGCUUUGUCUCUACUCCAGAUACAUGGGAUUGUAACCAAAUACAUUGUUCUCUCAAAAGUAACUUCCUCUUGUUGAUUGCAAAAUACAGUUCUAUAAGCAAGACCCAUAUAUAUAUAUACAUAUAUAUAUGUAUAUAUAUAUAUGUUAACUUUAUUGCAGAAGUUUGGAGAUUAUAAUUAUAGCAUUUAAUUUAAGUUUGAGUCUGUAUCGGACAGAUAAGCACUAUGCUUUUCAAAUGAUUUGAAAAUCAUUCUUAUUUGCCUCUUUAUUUUGAUGGUGGUUUGAUUUUUUUUUUUUUUUCUUAAGUAAAAUCACUAAAGUUGUGCAGUGGUAGCAUGGAAAUUAUCUGAGGUGUCUUUAUGAUUGUGCUUUAGCCAGGGUGGACAUAGCUUAAAUUAUAAAAACUAAAGAUUAAAGUACAGGAGGUAUAAGUUCAUGCUGCCUACUUAGAAGAGAACUUUUGUUCUUCAUAACUACAUAACAUUAUAAUGCCACUGAUUCAUAAGGGGUUUAAAUGAAUUCUGUGGGGGUAGGACACCAGAAUUACUAGUGUUCAUUUUCAUCUAAGAUCUUUAUUUCUCUAACGUUCUUGGUCCUAUUAAAACAUUUCAGUAUACAAAAAUACUGCAAUGUUAAUACCCAAGAGAAAAGCCAUCAUAAUGUGUAUGCUGGUCAUUAUGAUCAGUGUGGUACAGUUUUUUAAAAUAAACUAUCAUGCCCUUCAUGCCAUUAUUUGUCUUUAUUUCUGUAAUUUGUAAUUUUGAUAUGUGAUGUAUUUAUAACAUGAGGGCGUCCACUUGAGCCUGGUUUUGCUAUUUUCAUUACAAACGGACUUGUUGAUGUGCUGUAAUAAUUGUCAUGCAGUGAGACUGGGUCUGCAGCCAUGCAUGACAACCCCAUGACGCUCAGGCUGUUGUAUCUAUAGGCACAGUUUAAACCCAGAACAAGGGAACCCAUUUGAAAGUGCAGCAGAGUCCGUGCAUGUUGGUUUGCAUAGAGUAGUAAUUGGGAAUAGAGUAGUUUCCUGGGCUUCACUGAUAUAGUUGUCCUACAUGUAUUCGUAACAACACAGCAGAGUCUUAAAUGCCAGGUUUUAAUUGUCUUACGUUUUGCUGCUGUUUUCAUAAUUAAGGACUUGAAAAAUGUUUCAGUCUGUCAAGUCAAGCAUGUGAAAUUUAUGUAUCGACCUUUAAAUGUCAUUCUUUGCCAGGUUUGUUGCUAUAGGCGUUUUGGUUUUUUUUUUUCCAUUUAUGUCUUCAUUUCCUCAGAAUCAAAUACCAUGUCUGAUACCUUUAAAUCAGUAAGCAUUAUCCAAUUUUCUCAUUUGCAGUCUUAUCUUUGGCUAACAGAAUUAGUAAAAUAGGGUAUUAAUUAUUUAUAGACUACAAUGUUGAACAUCGUUUUAUUUCAUUCAAAUGUUAUGAUUAGUGCAGAUCAGUCAUGUUUAUCUUUUAAAAGAAUAAACAAAGGUUGCUUUAUUUCUCAGCUUCAGUGGAAUAUAAUUAUUUUUUUCUCCAGUAGUCAAGGAGGCGUUUAUUUAAUGUGAAAGACUUAUAUAAAAAAAUAGAAGAGUGUGUUCACUGUCCUACGCUUCCUUCUGCAGUUGCCAUAGACAUUGUUCAUGAAAUGAGCUAGUUUGACUAAGCCUUUCAGGUAGUCCCACUGAGUAUCUGCUUAUGUUAGUAUCUUCCAUAACUAUUAGGCAUAUAGCAGUAAACUGUGAGUGAGAUGUUUUGAAAUAAUAGCUAUUGUGAGUCUAGCACCUACACAUAAUAGGUACUUGAGUACAGUACUUCACACCACCUCUCUUGCGGUCUGUCACUGUUGGUUGCCAGAAAUUGGACAGCUCACACCAUCCUCAUUCAAGAUACAAAGGAUCAGGGAUGGGUACAGGGACCUGGUGAAUCCCACAUGAGGCCAAAGUCCCAUCUGGAACUAAGCUUGCCUUCUAUGUGGGGCUUUGUAAUCUCUGUCAGCUUCUUUUCUUUAUGAAUCUGUUUUAUUCUUUUUUCCUUUUUUACAUCCUGUGGCUUGGCUUUCUCAGCAUCUUCCAGUAUGUCUAAAUGGCCCAGACAUCUUUUAGUUCACAGGGUUCCUUAGGCCAGUGGGGGAACACCUGACCCAAGCUGGACAAAUCAGCUGUGGGUUGGGCGUGGGGUGGGUAUGAGAUGGAGAGGUUGUCUUAAAGGGUAUGUGAGGGAAGAAAGGAAAUGGUUGGAACCUCUUAAAAUGGGCUUCAUGCGGUAGUCCUCACAAUAAACCUGGAGAUUCUAUCUCCUGUUCAUAGAUGAAUUAAAAGGAUCAGAGAUAUCUAGUAUCUUUUGCCCAAGAUUACACAGACUGAGUGACAGAGCUCAGAGUCAAUGGGGAUUUGGCUCAAAUCUGUGCUAAUUUAAACCAGAUUACAUUGGAUGCCAUUUCCCUGCUUCUCAGAAACCCCAGCCCAUUUCCCAGGUCCGCACUGCUAGAUCGAUAGGUAUUCUGUUCUGCUUUGUGCACUGGGCAUGAAGGUGGUGCAAAGGGAAGCUCUGAAAGUCCCCUCUCUGCAUUCAUUUCUGUUGGAGAAGAGAGUCUCUGGUCCUGUCACCGUGUCCCCAGAGAUUUAUGUGCUGCUCUGAUCUGUCUCAGUGGGGGAAGCAGGCAAGGUGUGACAUUUCCAUAGCGAUAUGAAGGGAGAGGGGAGAAGAACCAAAACCCAGUGGUUUCCCCUUCUCUCCAAUUGCCACCUCCAUGCAAACGUAAACGGGUUUCAGUUGCCAUCAGAGUGGCCCUGGCAGAACCAGGAACUAAUGUCAAGUCGAAUGUUGAAUUCCAGUUGGUCAGGGUCACAGUUAGCCAUGGCAAGUUCCACUUGGUCACAGGAGGAAGCAACAGAACUCACGUAGUAAGCUCUGGGAAGUGAAGCGGACUUCUGGGCAGAGUACAGAGGAUGCUCUGCUAGGGAUCUAGGCCAGGAACCUGGAGAAACGAGCUGGGCAUCUGAGCAUCUGCCUCCAUGCCAGGCCCCUGGGCUAGGGCGAGGUUAAUCUGGGAUUGGGUCACAGCUGAAGCCUUUCUAGGGAUCACUGGUUCCUCCCACUUGGCUCUGCUGCCAGGAUGUCCCAAUCCCAUCAUUCCUGUGGCAGAGAUGGGGCUGCGGGACUGCUAUAGUGGCCUGUCUGGUUUGAAGAACGGUUUCACUUCCUUGGGUGAACGUGUACCAGAAGUCUGCCUAGGACAGGGCCAGUUGUCCCUGUGAAGCCACCUUCAGAGCAACUUAGAAACAUGUGAUAUUCUGUUGCUGUGAGUCCCAUCGGCCUAUCUGGACAUGCUUUCUAACUUGAAAGGGGCCAGAUGCAUCAGACCUUAUUUUAGUAGUGGUUUAAAUUUCCAGUCGCUCCAGGAAAUGGCUCCAGCUAAUAACUGCUGAGUUGUUGGACUUGUCUGCAAGCACAGUGGGGAAGCUGACCCAGCAUUACAGUGAGAAAGGCAGUGUGCUGGAACUAGGGGUCACAGCCUCACUUCUCUACUGAGUGACCUCGGACAACUCACCAACCUGCCUUUGAGCCUCCAUUUCCUCAAUGGUAGGACAGGCCUACUUGGAUUUUAUUGAAUUAUUGAGAGUAUUGGACUAACCAGAAAGUGAAGUCCUCAAUCAUUUUGCAGUACUCCCUUUAUAAAUAACAUAGGAAGUGAUAAAAAAAAUUCCAGAAGUAGGUACUUAAUAAAUGAUAGCCACAUUCCCAAACACUGUGUGACGUUGAGCUAGUCACUUAAUCGCUCUGAGACAGUUUUCUGUCUGCAUCGGGAUAUAGUAUCCCCUUCACAGAAAUAUUGUGAGAACUGAAUAACAAAUCAAAAGCCCUGAGCCCAAAGCAUGGCAGGACUAAGAACAAUAAAGAUCCUCUUGAUUAUGUGAGAAGGGAAGGGGUAAGAUGAAGGAUUUAAGGGGCGCCUGGGUGGCUCAGUCGUUAAGCGUCUGCCUUUGGCUCAGGUCAUGAUCCCAGGGUCCUGGGAUCGAGUCCCGCAUCGGGCUCCCUGCUCAGCAGGGAGCCUGUUUCUCCUUCUCCCUCUGUCUACCACUCUGCCUACUUGUGCUCUCUUCUUGUCAAAUAAAUAAAUAAAAUCUUAAAAAAAAAAAAAAAGAUGAAGGAUUUAAGCCGUAAGAACUUCGUAUCAGCUGUGCUGUGGAAAAUUAAAGAAUCCACACUUGGGGCCUGGUCAGGCAGGAGAUCCUGCUUUUGGCAUGGCUCUUUCACCUACCUGCUUUGUCUAGCUCUCCCCCAGUCCAGCCCUGUCCCAGGUCCAGACCCCUCUCCAGGUUCCUGCUCCCAGGACCCUGCACAGCAUCCUCGCAUAUUCCAUCUGGAAGCCUCGUUCAUCACUUUCCAGACUCAUCAAAUUCCUCCUGUUGGGCUUGGGAGGAGCUCAGCUCUUCAGAGAGAACCCCUUUCCAAUAAGGCUCCCCACUUGGUCUAAAAGAGCUAACUACCAGUAUAUUUAGAAGGUGGUACUGCAGCACUUACCAGAAAUAUCUACAGCAGACAGCUCAGAAUUCUGCUUCUGUUCACCAGAUUAAUGAUGAUUGUACUGAUGUCUGCUGCUUUCACACCUUAAAAAUAGGUACUUGAAGCCUAAGACUAAGAGGGGCACUAUGCUCAGCGUUUAGUAUCUUGGCCCUGACGUCAUGCCAAUUGCAAAUAUUACUAAAUGACGUUCAAGGCAUUCACUCUGAGAAGUUGAACUUUAUGCCUCUGAGUGGCUUUUGAAGUAACUAUGCCCUGAAACAAAUCAAAUAUUGGUGUAGAUCAAGUUUGGUUAGACAACUUGGUUCUUCUUUUGUUCAUUCAACCUAGUAGUUCUAGAAAAUGCAGUUUUCGGUUUUGAUUCGUAAUGGUUCCCUUGAGGAGAAAAACCUUGAAAAAAAUCGGAGAACAGGUAAGGAUUUAGCAAAUUAGGUUCAGCUUAGAACUGACGAUGUUUCAGUGUAUCUGUCGGUAUUUCACAUCUAGUUUUGAUCAUUCUCUUCAUCACCUUGCCCAUUUAUGAACUCUCUUGUAAGCCGAUUGGAAUAGCAGGUGCCAGCUACAUAUUUGGUACAAGGCUGCAACUGGGGAAUACCAUCAAUUCUCUGAGCCUGUGUUCUUUAUCUGAACCAAAGUACUUACAGGAAAGGUGAAACUUGUAAUCCCAGAGAAAGAGCUUUCUUGAAAAAUGUUGCUUUUUAAUGGCUCCUAUUCUGGAAUCCACGGAAAGAAAAUUUGACUUUUUAGGUACUCAUGCUGACAGGUGAUUUCAUGAUAAAUUGCACAGUUAUCUGAAGGAUUAAAAACUAUAGGUGUCAGUCGUUUAAAAAAAAAAAAAGAAAGCUCUUUAUAUAGCAUUAUGGAAUUUUCCCAAGGGAAAAAAAAGGGCAGAACUAUUUUAUAUGCUAUUAAGUAAAAGAGAAAAUAAAAAUAAAUAUAUUUCCUCAUAUAUUCGUAGGUUAUUUCUGUAAGUAGAUCAUGACAGUUGGUAACAAGGUAACAUUGUUUGGUUUGGGGUCUGGGAACUGGGUGGCUGGGGGACAGGGGUGGGAGGAAGAUAUUUAUUGUAUACUUUUAUAUCUUUUGAAUUUGAAUGUAUUUUCCAUUUAAAAAAUAAAAAUAAAAUUAGAGAUAACUAAAGAUAAAUUUUAAAAUUUAAACUACCAGGAAAAAAAAAUGUUGUAAGAAGGAGGGUGGACUCUAGCUCUGUACCAAGCCCUCUGAGACCUGGAAGCCCACCGUACAAGCAUAGAAGGAACAAUCUUGUACGGACAAUGGACUCACAAUAAUGACCGAGUCAGUCCUCAUUAUGUUACUCCUUGUUGAAAUACCGUAGCAUUAGGACGUGUGCUGUUCAGGAGAACAUUUAAAGUGGGCUGUAAAGAGAGAUGACCAAACCAUAGUCUGUUGUUCUCUGUGGUAACCGCUCUUCUUCCUCCCUGUCCUGUGAAGCCUUCCACAUGCUCCAGUCCCGGUGUCUCAACCUUUGCCUACACUUUGGUGAUGGCAUUUAGCAGCUAAGUACCCGCAGAUCCUGGGCUGACAUCUACUUCUUAUUCCUACCACUUAGACGUGGAGUGUUCAUCAUACUCUAGAUUGGAUACUAUGACCUGCCAUCACCUACAUGAUUUGAUCUACAGAACUCUCCUGCAAAACCAUUUUACAAACAAGAAAACACUCCUCAGUGGUCACUCAGCUGGAGAGAGGCCACGCUGGGAUUUGAACCGAGGUCACCUGACUCCACAGCGUGUUCUCAACCACCGCACCACCUACGUGAGAAUGCAGGGCGAGGUGCUGGAGCCGAUGAGGAGGUGGUGUGGUAGUCUCCUUGAGGACAAGCCCUGUCCUUGACUUACUCCCCCUUGGGGGAUGCUAGGCACCGGCGGUGAAGACAAGAAAGCUGUGGUUUGGAGAACAGAUCUUGGUGACUCACCAGGUUUUUGAAUAACACCGAACUUCAUCUGAAAGGAACGAAAUGCUAGGAUGCUAGCCCUCUGCGUCCGCACUAGCAGCACAAGUGGUGGGGAUGCUCAGGCGGGCCGUUUUCCACAGACAGACCUCUGUUGUGCUUGCAGGGGACGGAGGAGGCGGCCGCAGGAGGAGACAGCGGCCGGGCCGAGCCACACUGCCGGCUUUGUUCCGCGGCAGGCCUGCCGGAUUCAGAUCUGUGCCUCAGUGAUGGCGACCCGGGACAGCACCUCACGCCCCACCCAGCCAUUUGGGAACGGCUUCUGUUUGGACUGUCAGAUGCCCGUAUGCCGGGUGACUGCUGUCUGCUCUCCCGACACACAAUAGGCCGAGUUUGAAGGAGAAGCACAAGCCGAGCUCCGGGGGUCCCGAGGGAGGCCGGCCUCUGAGCGGGUGGCCGGGGCCUCUCGCGGUCAAGACCAGGACCGGGAACUCACUGCCAUCAGAGCUGUUUGCCGUCUGAAGCCCCAAGUGAAAUGAACAAGUAAUAAAUCGCCAUGCUGGUUCUGACUCCUUCAUUACAGGAACUUUGAAUGGGACCAGGCUACAUGUCUUCUGACCAGCAUAUUUUCUCCUGCUUUACCUCGUGGGAGGCCAAAUCAUCAUGGAAAGGUUGCUAUGGAAAAGGUAGUUACCCGCCAUCGACUCACAUUUGAGUCGUUCAGAAAGCUGGGUGAAGCCACUGGCACAGCAGAGACCCCCUAGACACUUGGGCUGAUUGAUUUGUCGACAAGUAUUUACUGAAUUCCUAAUUUCCAGGCAUUGGUCUAGGCACUAGGAACACAGCAGUGAACAAAACCAGCCCACAUCCCUGCCCUCAUGAAUUUAUAUUCCAAUGGGAAGAGAUAUAAUAUUCAAAUUAGUGAAAUAUAUACUAUAUAGGUGGUGAUAAGGGAUAUGGGGAAAACUAAAGUGGGGAAGGGGGGUAUGAGUAUAGUGAGGGGUGGGAGAACUUGUUAUUUUAAGUAAAGUGGCCAGGAUGGGCCUCCAACCUGAAGUAAAGACCUGAAGGACUCGAGUGUUGAGCCAUGUGACUACCCAAGGGAAGAACAUUCUAGAACACUAAUAGCAAGUGCAAAGGCCCUGAGGCAGGAGAGCUUACCUGGCAUGUUAGAAGCCCAUCAGGGAGGUAGGAUGGGAUGGAAGUGGGAAUGAGGUGUGGGGGGUAGAGGGUAGAGGUGGUGGUGGUGGAGGCCUGAGCAGGAAGAGAUGCCUCCCAGAGGUGGGGGGAUCCAGUCAUAGAAGGCCAUAUAUAGGCUGUUGUGAGGACUUUGGCUUUUUCUCUGAGUUGGGGAGCCCUGGAGGGUUUGGGCAGAAAAAAAAGCAUGAUUUACCUCAUGUUGUGACAGGGUCACUUUGGUUGAUCAAUGGGGGUAGCAAAGGCAGAAACAGGGAGACCAGCUAGGAGACUUCCUGAUAAUCCAGGUGUGAUGGGGGCCCACACUAAGGUGGAAGCUUAGGAUAGUCAGGUUGAGUUCCUUGACCAGGGCACUGUGUCCCCAGUGUGGAGCUUAGCAAGCCCAAGAACAGUGUCUUCCUUUGUUUUCUAUACCUCCAUGGCUGAGGAUUGUCCCUUUGAUGGAUAACUUAUUACUUCAUAGUUAAAUGAUCUAUCUUGCUCUGAUUCAAGAGCUAUUCUCCUUAGAGUGACUCUUCUGGUCUAUUAAAUACUGAUUUUAUAACUCAGCUCUCAGAGAAUACUCAAGUUCUUAGGGGCCACCUCAUCACUGCCCCCAGAUAUAGAAGCCUGACUAGAGAGGUCUGACACAGAAAAUUGACUUCCAGGGUUCUGGGGACACAUAACCCAUAUUUCAGCAGUAGAUUGGCUGUCCUGUUACGGCCUGAGAAUCUUUUCUUUCUCUUAGUGUGGUCUGCCUGGUUGCCAUGGUGGCUCUCUCUGACCAGUGCUGAGAUCUCCAACAUAGGGGUUGAGGGCCCAGCAGGUGUCUUUCCAUCCACCCUGGGGACCUCAUAACUGCCAGCUCAGGAUGCUGCCACAUGACAUUUGCAAACUGAAUGGGCGAACUUUAGCAGACCGUUCACAAUUCCUUUGGAUUCCUUCCCCCUUAAUGUGCAAACAUCUAUCUGGUCUAUUGCUCUUGGUGGUUGGGCCUUCAUUGUGCCCUGUGUUCUGCCUCUGGCCAGGCUGCCUUUGCUGUGCCCCGCAGUCUGUCCUCAGUGAGACUUUUUAUUGAAACUUCCUUUUGCUCCCAUUUGUUGAUCUAUUUUUUUUUAAAACCAUUGUUCGUCUUUUAACAAAUAUCUGCAAAUGAGUUAAUAAAACUUUAGAGGAUUCCUCUGCCAGGCUCUCUUACUUGCAGGUAUGGUAUUUUUCAGCCCUGGCUUUACAUUAGCAUCAGCUGAGGAACUUUCAAAACUAUGAAGAUGCCUGGACCACACUCUAAACCAACUGAAUCAGAAUCUAGAGAGUGGGACACAGGCUUCAGGAUGUUUUAAAAGCCUCCCCCGCCCACCCCACCCGAUGAUUCUGACGCACAACUUUGCUUUCUUUCUUAAAGGCAGUAUAAACAGGGCCUAGCACCGGCAGGCUGUUGAGGCUGCUCGUUCUCUAAGGCGCUCAAAGGUUUUCUCUCAAAGGUUCUCUGUUGUCUCAGUGAGGUUUUAUGGAGAGUCAGAGAGAAUCAGUGAAGGGAUUGAAAGAAGAAAACGUUCAUUAUAUAAAGUCAAAUGUCUGUUCCAUUACCAGAACACAUGGCCUGCAAUGAACGAUGAAUUAAUAUAAUUUUACUCUGUAAUCCAUUUGAAAAGCACAAUUUUAUUUCAUUGUAUUUUGUAUAUAUUAAGAGCAGUGAUCUGUUAAAUAUAAAUGAUUAAAAUAUGCCACGAAAUGUUU